AUGUUCUCCUGGUUCGCAUCCACCGAUAAUCCGAGCAAUCCGCCGCCCCCGUCCUAUCGCGACGAGCCAACAUUGCCGCCUGGUGCUAUGUACGCACAAUCUGCAAAAUCAAUCAAACCGCUUGAUCUCCCUUGCCUCAAUGCACUACGUGGUAAACGCGUAAUCCUCGCUUCAGCCUCUCCACGGCGGAAACAACUUCUAGCCCAAAUCGGUCUCACGAAGCUCGACAUUGUACCCAGCGACUUCGCAGAGGAUUUAGAUAAGAGUAAAUACACCGCCAUAGAAUAUGUGCUUGAAACUGCACAGGAGAAGUACUCAGAUGACGAACCUACCCUCGUUAUUUCCGCCGAUACGAUAAUAUGCUCAUACCUUGGCGGAAUUGUUGAAAAACCUCUAAGCUAUCAAGAUCACAUUGAUAUGCUCAAGCAAUUACGAGAUUCAGAACCUCAUAAAGUUAUCACAGCAGUGUGUGUAAUGAGUCCCUUGCCCGAUGGUAGAGCACCGGGAUAUGUGAUGGAUACACAUGUCGAAGAAACAAUCGUCAAAUUCGACAAGAAUGUAACGGACGAGCUGAUAGAAUCAUAUGUGCGAACCGGAGAAGGGGCUGAUAAGGCGGGUGGAUACGGGAUCCAGGGUUUGGGGACUAUCUUGGUGGAGUCGGUGAACGGGAGUUAUGAUAAUGUGGUAGGGUUACCGUUGAGGGGAACUCUGAAGGCUAUCGAGAACGUCAUAUUCCCUGGUGAACAGGAGGUCGGUGAUAUCGUCUUGUAA